AAAUUCAAUAACCCAAACAAAUAUGAUAAGCUACGCUUGACAUUUCAAAUUAUUACUACUAUUAUUAUUAUUAACUUUUUUUAUGUUAUAAUUACAAAAUCCUUCGAAAAUCAGCUUUGCUAUGGUAUAUUUAGCAGGGUCAGUUUGGUUAGCCUGAAUUAACAGAUCCCAGAAAAGGACAAGGAAGUCUGCACUGCCUAAUGUGGAAGAGGUUCCUUAGCCCUUGACCCCGCGAACGCGGUUGGUCGGACGAAUGGGGGCCGAGCCACCUAUUAUUUCCCCUUUUUUUUUUGGCCGUGAAGGAAAAAAAAAAAAGGGGGAAUAUUGGAACCGGGAAAAGGAUUCUUCCGCUGACCUCCAAACUAACAAUCUCCAAGCUGUGUCUGUCUCCUCAAAGAAAUUUGUAGCAUUUUGUGAUUCCAGAUACAAUUUUGGGUUUUGGGGGUUGAUGUGAAACAAAAUCCGGGCAUGAUGCAAUCCGUGAAAUACUGGCUAUCAGAGCAUCCGUCGAUCGUGAACUUCCGGUGGAGCCACACCCAAUCGUUCGGCUCCACGUGGUCCUUCCUCUUCUCGUCCAUUGCAGUCUACGUCGUCGCAGCUACGACCCUCCACGCCUUCCUCUCUCUCGUACUCCCCAAACGCCGACGGCUCCCGCUGGGGCCAAUCCCAGCCAUCCACAGCCUCUGCGUGUCCUUAAUCUCCGCCGUUAUUUUUGUCGGCAUUUUGCUCUCCGCGGCAGCCGAGAUUCGCGACACGCGUUGGUUCUGGCACCGCACCAAAACCAUCACCACCCCAUUCCAAUGGCUCCUCUGCUUCCCUUUAGGAACGCGCCCUUCUGGGCGCGUGUUCUUCUGGUCCUACGUUUUUUACCUCUCCCGUUUCCUUCACCUCUUCCGGACAUUCUUCACCAUUCUCCGCCACCGCAAAUUAACAUUCUUUCACCUCUUUAACCAAUCAAUUCUUCUGUGCAUGUCUUUCCUGUGGCUCGAGUUCUCUCAAUCGUUUCAAGUCCUGGCCAUUCUGUUGGCCACUCUCUUAUACUCCGUGGUCUAUGGGUACCGAUUCUGGACCGCGAUUGGGCUGCCCAGCGCUUGCUUCCCUUUCGUGGUGAAUUGCCAGGUGGUGCUUCUGGGGUGCAACUUGCUCUGCCAUUUUGGGGUUCUUUUCCUGCAUUUUCUGAAAGGUGGAUGCAAUGGAAUGGGAGCUUGGGGAUUCAACUCUGUACUCAACGGCGUAAUUCUUUGGCUGUUCCUGAAUUUCUACGUUAAGCGGCAUUUGAGAAAGAGAAAUGUCGAUGAUGCAAGUGGACAUGGUGGUUCUUCUUCCGGUCGUUCCCGUGGUAGCUCGGAAAUAAAGAGUGAAUGAUUUCUACACCCACUUUCAUUUUUUCUUUUAAUAAUUUUGUUCUAUAGUUAGGGAAAUCAAUAGUUAAACAUUUUCAUUUUUAUUUCAAUUUCUUGCUUCCGAUCUGUAAAGUUCUUAAGUGUAUACCUCGAUCGAAAAGUUGUUCAUAAAAAGAAUGAAUAAGAACUAGGAUAAUUAAAUACUAAUGUUUUUGAGUAA